AUGGGUUUAACAUUGUUUGGUGCCAUUAUGAUUAUAACUUCAUUUUCUGUAAUAUGUAAUGCCCAGAUGAGUGAUCCUUCGUUAAUCCUGUUCCGAAAUUGCAGAUACGAUAAAAUAUUUCAAUUCGGAGAUUCGCUUUCUGAUACGGGAAAUAUAGUUUUCGAGAAUGCCAAUGGACCUUCGGGCAAACCACCUUAUGGUUUUUCGUAUUUCAAGAAGCCAACAGGCCGUUGCUCCAACGGACUUCUUAUGGUCGACUACUUGGCAAUGGCCGCGGGGCUUCCAUUUUUGAGUCCUUACCUGAAAAGAGAGGCUGAUUUUGAGCAUGGAGUAAAUUUCGCGGUGGCCAGUUCAACUGCAAUGUCUAUAGAAGAUUUGGCUGCAAGAAAUAUUAGUGUAAGUCCUGAAACAGUUAAUUCUUCUCUCAGUGUGCAAGUAGAUUGGAUGGCUAAUUAUCUCAGGACUUUCUGCAAGCCUGGACCAGAUUGCAAAACGAAGCUUGAACACUCAUUGUUUGUGAUGGGAGAGUCGGGAGGAAACGAUAUGAAUGCUGCGGUGCUAGGAAACAAGACGAUUCAAGAAAUUAGGGCCCUCGUUCCAGAUAUCGUACAUGCCAUAAUGAACGCCACAAGGAGAAUCAUCUCAUUUGGAGCUCGAAACAUUGUGAUACCGGGAAAUCUUCCAAUUGGCUGUAUGCCGAUUUACCUCGCAAUGUUUGGAAGCGGAAAUUCCACCAUAUUUGACAAAAAUCAGUGCCUUAAGAAAUACAACCGCUUAGCUAAUUAUUACAAUGAUUUUUUGAAGAAAGAAAUCGAAAGGCUGAAAAGAGAAAACCCAUAUCUCAAAAUUGUUUACGGGGACCUUUUCAAUGCUGUCGAGUGGCUUCUCCCUCGCGCUCCAUUUCUAGGCUUUGAUCAAAAAUCGUUGUUGAAAGCUUGUUGUGGAGAAGGCGGAGACUAUAACGUGGGAGGAUAUGAAAAAUUUUGUGGAUUGCCAGGAGUUCCGGUGUGUAGGAACCCGAAUGAACAUUUAAGUUGGGACGGGAUUCAUCCAACACAACAAGCGAACAUGUAUGUCACAACUUGGCUCAUUACUAACAUGUUACCGAUUCUGGAUUGCCCUCCUCCUUGA